AUGAAAUCAGCGAAUAACCCUAGGCCAACUAAUGCUGCCGCCACCCCGCGAGACGUCCUCGCCAGCGUUCUCCUCCGUCUCCCGGCGAGCGACCUCCGCCGCCUCCGCCGCGUCUGCAAGGAGUGGCGCGAGGUCAUCUCCGACCCUGUCUUCAUCGGUGCGCACACGCUCUGCGGACCGCGGGCUCCGACCCACACCAUCGUGUUCUUUCCCGGAUGUAGCGGCACGCCGGCCAAAGAGCCACGCAAGGGCAGGGGGUUCCUCUUCGACGAGCAAUGGCGACUCGCGGCCAGAUUCAACGUCCGCGAGUCGGAGAUCAUCGUGGGCACGUGCAACGGGCUGCUCUGCCUCCACGACAAGCUCCAGGGCAUCAUCAGGGUGGUAGAGCCCUUCACCGGGGACUCGAUCGCUCUGCCUGCUGUGUUUCCGGGAAGGUGCUUCUUCGGUUUCGACGCCGCGACGAAGAACUACAAGAUCGUUCACAGAGGCUACACCUAUUGUCCAGACAAUCCGGGCAUGACCGGCAUGAAGGUGAGUGUGCUCACGGUCGGCGCAGACAAGGGCUGGAGGACCGUGCAGGUCGACUUCGGCCCUUCCCAUGACCCGCUGUGCGGCGACGACGUAGCAGUGUACUGGACUUCCACACAAGACGGGGAGCUUAAGCACGUGCGGUUGGAUCUGGAGACAGAGGUGGUCACCGUGGUCGACCUCCGGCCGGUCCAGGAAGAAUCGAUCUGUUGCCGGCACCCGUGGUGGCCGGAGCAACCAUGCCGCAUCGGAAUAAGGUCUCCGAUCGGUGAGCCGGAGGACGGCGACGGCUCCUGGUCGCAUAAUAUCACCGCCAUGGCGUACGAUACAUAUGCCUGGAACUUGCCCUCUGGUCGGUACCUUCCUAGGCCGCACGCCCUGCAACGGGGGCACCUGCUGCUGCAGGAAAGUAAUGGAGAUCUGUACGCUCACAAGAUCAUGAGAAGAAGCAUGCAAGAAGUUGACCUCGGGUGCGAAAAGUUGCUCGUUCAGAUUGGCUCGGAGGAGGAGCCAGACGAGAGCUCGUCGGGCGGCCAGUUCAUUCCGGUUCAACGCCACAGCCGGUCAGGAACUGGGCAGCCGGCCAUUGAUUCGAGCAAGGCUGAGGUCCCCGUCGUAGGGCCGUUGAUUUCAUACGAACUUUACAAUGUCAGCACGUUCGCCUACGUCCCGACAGUGUCCCCGGCUCCAUUAGCGCUCUAUUUAGGCACGCCUACGCACUAG